UGUUCCCGUCUUUAAUGUGCAAUCUGUUUUCUCCAGCGGAGGGCACUCAGUGUAUCACAAACUCAAGCAUUAGCACCAACAAGCUCUGAGCAUCAUCAGUCUCUGGAAAGCCUUCUGAAUUAGACAAGGGCUGCCUCUCAGCACAGCUACAAAACACUUUAAACCUGACCAGCUAAAUGGAUAAACCUAGCCUGCAUAGCUUUUAAACUGGGGUCUCAUACAGCACAGGAGGCCUACUUGCUUCAAGAACUGAAAAUCCAGAGGAUGAAUUGCUUUAUCUGGGAAUGGCAAAAGCCAGCACAAUAAGGAAUGCCAGUUUGUAUGGGGCUACUAGCUCACAUGCGGGAUCAGAAUGGUGUGAAUGACAGCCGCACUGUGUCAUGAAGGUGGUGGUGGUUUCAGCACGAGAGACUAAAUAAGAAGAAAGCUGAGAAAGGGGGGAAACGUUUUUGGAUGACAAAGGAUGGGUUUCCAUUUAAUUACGCAGCUGAAAGGCAUGAGUGUGGCGCUGGUGCUACUUCCUACACUGCUGCUUGUUAUGCUCACGGGGGCUCAGAGAGCUUGCCCAAAGAACUGCAGAUGCGAUGGCAAAAUUGUGUACUGUGAGUCUCAUGCUUUUGCAGAUAUCCCCGAGAACAUUUCUGGAGGGUCACAAGGCUUAUCAUUAAGGUUCAAUAGCAUUCAGAAACUCAAAUCCAAUCAGUUUGCCGGCCUUAACCAGCUUAUAUGGCUUUAUCUUGACCAUAAUUACAUUAGCUCAGUGGAUGAAGAUGCAUUUCAAGGGAUCCGUAGACUGAAAGAAUUAAUUUUAAGCUCCAACAAAAUUACUUAUCUGCACAAUAAAACAUUUCACCCAGUUCCCAAUCUCCGAAAUCUGGACCUCUCCUACAAUAAACUUCAGACAUUGCAAUCUGAACAAUUUAAAGGCCUUCGGAAACUCAUCAUUUUGCACUUGAGAUCUAACUCACUAAAGACUGUGCCCAUAAGAGUUUUUCAAGACUGUCGGAAUCUUGAUUUUUUGGAUUUGGGUUACAAUCGUCUUCGAAGCUUGUCCCGAAAUGCAUUUGCUGGCCUCUUGAAGUUAAAGGAGCUCCACUUGGAGCACAACCAGUUUUCCAAGAUCAACUUUGCUCAUUUUCCACGUCUCUUCAACCUCCGAUCAAUUUACUUACAAUGGAACAGGAUUCGCUCCAUUAGCCAAGGCUUGACAUGGACUUGGAGUUCCUUACACAACUUGGAUUUAUCAGGGAAUGACAUCCAAGGAAUUGAGCCAGGCACAUUUAAAUGCCUCCCCAAUUUACAAAAAUUGAAUUUGGAUUCCAACAAGCUCACCAACAUCUCACAGGAAACUGUCAAUGCAUGGAUAUCAUUAAUAUCCAUCACCUUGUCUGGAAAUAUGUGGGAAUGCAGUCGGAGCAUUUGUCCUUUAUUUUAUUGGCUUAAGAAUUUCAAAGGAAAUAAGGAAAGCACCAUGAUAUGUGCAGGACCUAAGCACCUCCAGGGUGAAAAGGUUAGUGAUGCAGUGGAAACAUAUAAUAUCUGUUCUGAAAUCCAGGUGGUCAACACAGAAAGAUCACACCUGGUGCCCCAAACGCCCCAGAAACCUCUGAUUAUCCCUAAACCUACCAUCUUCAAACCUGAUGCCACCCAACCCUCCUUUGAAACACCAAGCCCCUCCCCAGGGUUUCAGAUUCCUGGCACAGAGCAAGAGUAUGAGCAUGUUUCAUUUCACAAAAUUAUUGCAGGGAGUGUGGCUCUCUUUCUCUCAGUGGCCAUGAUCCUCUUGGUGAUCUAUGUGUCUUGGAAACGCUACCCAGCCAGCAUGAAACAACUCCAGCAACACUCUCUUAUGAAGAGGCGGCGGAAAAAGGCCAGAGAGUCUGAAAGACAAAUGAAUUCCCCUUUACAGGAGUAUUAUGUGGACUACAAGCCUACAAACUCUGAGACCAUGGAUAUAUCGGUUAAUGGAUCUGGGCCCUGCACAUAUACCAUCUCUGGCUCCAGGGAAUGUGAGAUGAAACACCAUGUGAAGCCAUUGCAAAAAUCCUUGUAUGGUCAAACCACCUUGUUUUACUCUUGCUCACCGCCAUCUAACGCGUUAUAUGAGAUGUACCUAAGUUGAGUUCAUUUCUUCUUUUUCAUAAUUAUUUGAUUAAUGUUUGCCAAACCUACUUAAUCUAAUUUACCCAACAGAAAGUAACAUAUGACUUUUUUUUUGUUGGAUUUUUUAAUUACAGUGCCUCACUCCAUGUCUUGUAUAUAAUAAAAGCUUAAUAAAUACUUACCAAAAGAAUAAAUGAUUGCAUUCCCAAAUUUUACUUUUGAAAAAAUUUUCUGACUUUUAAAGAUAUUAGAUCUCUUCUUUAAAAAGCUUCUUUUUAAAUUUUUAUUUCAAAAUAUUGAUACAUUUAUUUCGCUAUAGUUCGAAGCUAUAGAUUAACUUUACAGUACUGUAUAGAGUUUUGUGUGGCCCAGUUUUUUAAUAUAUAUUUUUCUCUCAUACUUUUGUUCACUAAUAUGCCAUUUUAUUAUAUGUUUAUGUUGAAAAUAAUAAAAUACAUACGAGCCAAGUUCUAAAAAUUUAUAUCUUUUAUGAUCAUUUUUCUAGAACAAUUGUGUAUGCAUUUUUAUCACACAAAAAUAAUAAUGUAAGCAAAUUGUUUAUAAUUUGACAUGUUUGCUUACUGUCUUGUGAACACGUUUAUAUAUCAGUAAACAUUCUUCUACACAUAUUUUUAGCUAGUGAAUAAUAUUACUUUAUUAUACAUGGGUUCCAGUUCUAUUUUGGUAGUGCUUUCAACAUUUUCAGGAUAAGCAAAUUUAGGAUGAUACUGUUUGCACUUAUGUCAUUUCCAAUAUACUUAAUGAUUAACAAUUUAUCUAUUGUUAAUUGAGUAAUAGCUCAAUUUAUUUUAUCACCUCAACAUUUAAAUUUUUUACAGUGAUUUGUUCUAAUUGAAAUCAAAUGAUAUUUUAUUGUUCUAUUAAUAUUCACCACCACUGUGAUUACUAGUGAUACAUGCAAUUUCUUACAUUUGUUUGGCCUUUGUACAUUUUAAUUUCUGUAUUUUAUGUUCAUUUUCUUUGCCUGUUUAUAAUUUUAUUAACUUAUAAUAGGUUUCAAGUAGUUUAUUAAUCCUUUAGCUUCUAUAAACAUUGAAAAUUGUUUUUCUCAAAGCUUGCUAUUUGGCCCUUAAUUAUUUUAGGUGGCAUUUGAUUGUAACAUUAGAAAAUUAAUUUCAUAUAUAAAUUACUCUAUAUUUUAUUUUAUUGUUUCUGCCUUUAUUGUAUGGUACAAUGGUUCUCUUGAAAAUAGUAAACAAUUAUUCAGUUUAUUUUCUUCUAAUAGUCUCAUGUUUUUUAUUUGCAUUAAUUCAACUGACUAACUUUUUAUUGUCACACAUUUUACCUAGCUCCCCAAAUUCAUGUCAUUUAAUUACAACUACAAAAUUUUACAUUUAAAUUGUAAAUCAUUAAGUAGUUACUUAUGGAUACAUACAUUAACAUUUUAUGCAUUAUAUUUAUAUGUUAUGUGUAUGGACUAUGUAUUCAUAUAUACAUUUUCAUAUAUACAAAUAUAUAUGAAAAUACAUGUGCUUUUAUUAAAAUUUUUAUUUUGCUGGUGCUUUUGGCAUACUGCUUAGUUAAUCUAAAAGGUUAAAUUAUGUUUAAUUAUUCUUGUUUAAAAAUAUAUUUUGACUUAUUUUCAUCACGUUUCUAUAUUUAGUUAUAAAAUGAUAUAUAUACAUAUAUAAAAUUAUAUAUAAUUAUACUGAUAAGAGUGGUUCUUUCCCACUAUCUUGUUUUCUAUUGCCUUUUAUCCUCUCCAGAACAAUAUUCUAGAAAUAAGUCAUUGUUAACUCUUUGUUCUGUAUUCUUCUGGAUACUUUCUGUGCUUAUAUAAAUGAAUAUUUUCUUCUCAAAAAAUAUUAUACUAGCUAUACUGAUCUAAAUUCUGUUUGUAUGCUUCUGGAAUUAUUUGUUUCACACAAUACAUCUUGGACAUUUUCUCAUUAUAGUAAAUAAAGAUCUACCUCUUUGUUUUUAAUUUAUUAAAAUGAUUCUCUAAUGGUAGACAAGUGAGAUGUUUAGGAUAUUGGGAUGAACUUUAGAAUUAUUAUGUCAGUACUCUAAUAAAGUGUCUUUGAUACAUUUAA